GCUCCCGCCACAGCCGGAAGUAACUUUUCUUGCCUGUGAUGAGGUAGCAACCACAGGAAGUCAGCCCUGGUUUUUGAAGCUGCGGCCCGACUGAGACGAGGAGGCUUUGGGAGGGGUCCGCGGACUCACUGGGAGUUGGUACGAUGAGCGACGGGUCAGGGGAGCCGGCUGCGGAGGCCCCGCCCGCUACCGGAAGAGGGGUCCACAUCGUCGUGGAAUACUGUAAGCCCUGUGGCUUUGAAUCUGCCUACCUGGAGCUGGCAAAUGCUGUAAAAGAAGAAUACCCUGAUGUGGAGAUUGAAUCCCGUCUUGGGGGCACAGGUGCCUUUGAAAUAGAAAUAAAUGGACAACUGAUCUUCUCCAAACUUGAGAAUGGAGGAUUUCCUUAUGAGAAAGACCUCAUUGAAGCCAUUCGGAGGGCGAGCAAUGGAGAGCCACUUGAGAAAAUCACCAAGAGCCGACCACCUUGUGUCAUCCUUUAGUGUGCCUUUCUUCAUUUACUCCAUGUUCUCUACCUGCCCACCCUCCCUGAAUCCUUGCCACUUUUGCCUCCAACUUUUAAUUCCAUUGCUAGGUCAAUGUCAGGACAGGACAGACAUUAAAGUAAUUUGGGUUGUUUGCAAACAAGUAAAAUAAACAAGAACUUAAGCCAUAUUAGGGAGGUUAACAGGGCUUGUUAAAUAAAGCAACCUUUUUCUUGAGGAUGUUUACCAUGGAAUUCCUUUUUCUUAUUUUGAGACAUUAGUGUGGACUUUGUCUUAAACUGUUGUAUUUCUUUUGACUUCAUCUGAAUGGGCAGGAGUGAAACCUCAUAUUUCGCCCGUGCUCUUUUCAGAAUUAAGAUCUCUUGGCUUCUCUGCUUUCAGACCCUUAGCUUCUAAUGUUGGCCAUUCCCCUGCUCCUUUUCCCACAUACUCUUUCACCAGCAGUUAGAAUGAGCUGGUAUCACAACCUGGCUUCACUAUGAGGUCUGCAGGGCUAGAGUAAAGCUUAAUAAGAAGUCUAUCCCAAUGCUCCUGUCUAGAUACAAAUGAUGCUACAGAGAAAGUUUUCAAGGACCUUAUAUUUCAAGCAACAUCCUGGGAAUCAGUGUUCCUAAAGGAGUGCUUCAGAAUGAAAAACCUCUUGCAGGCCACACUAUGUGAACGAGAAUCACAGCAGUGCUGCCAUCCCACUCCAUUGCCAGAAGCAGAGACUAAGUGUUUCCCUAGUUUUAUUGUUAAGUUUUGUCUAGAUAAUGAGGACAGUGUUGCUACCCAUGGGAGAGGAUCACUUUGAGGCUCAUCUCUUUUCUACACCACUCUGGACUUUUGCAGUGUAGGGCCUGAGCUAAAUAGUGGUUGGAACUUUCAAAUGAUCAUCCUACUAAGACAUCCCCAAACUAGACAUGAUUUGUUGGGAAAGAAAAUAAUUCUUUCAUACUUAUAUACUGGGCCAGUUUUACUUUUUCUGAGAACAAGUAUGAAAUCUAAAGUAAUUCAGAGAAGUCCACUUCAAAGUUAUUUUAUGGGUGACUUAUAUUUGCAGUUCAAUUACAUUUUUAAAAACUAAACUUCCUGAAUUUUUCAGCCCCCAAAUAAGCAUUUUCAUUGUCCUGUUAUUACAAACUUAAUUCUCCCAUUUCAAUCAGUGAGACUUUAAGAGUUCCAGUUGGAUCAGAGUGCGUACAUGUCCAAUUUGAAGUGUUUUCUUGCAAAUUACCUAUUGUUGCUUAAAUAGCAGAUCUACAUCUGCCAUACUAGUAAUACAGAUUUCAUGACAUGGCCUUAUUGUGGUACUAAGUAUUCUCAUCGGUACAUGUGGCAAACAUUGAAACUAGGAGUGAGAAAAACUAUGAACUCAGUAACUGCAUGUUGCCCAGCUUAUUUUGUAGGAAUGGAGUAAUAUACAAUUGCAUUUGGUUUUAACUUUACUGUCAUUUUCACUCUACUAUUAUGGCUCUAUUUUGUCUCAAGACUUCUGAUUUUUAUGGUCUACUUUCCAUUUUGGAUCUAUGAGUAACUCUAAGAAGUAAUUGAAAGUGCUCCUGCUUAUUGACAUCCUUUGCUGGGGCAGGAGGGUGAAAAGCACCAGUGAUGUUCCUGCUCCCAGAGUCUUAAUUUAUGUGCUCAAAUUGUUAAGCCUCUGUUCAAUGCAAUUUAUAAUAAAGGGGAAGAUACUAAAAAGCU